UCCCACAAGGUGUUUGGUUUCCCGACUGGACUAGGGGCACUGUUGGUACGUAGGGAUAGUGCCCCGCUGCUGUUCAAGAGGUACUACGGAGGAGGGACUGUGUUUGGAACAGUCAGUCGAUCCGGUCUACACCUUCCUCGCUCUGACCUGCACGAACGACUUGAAGAUGGCACCAUUCCAUUCCUGGAGAUCCUGGCUCUGGAGCAUGGGUUUCAGACCCUCUCCAAGUUGGCUGGACCGAUGACAGGGAUUGCCGAUCGCACAUUCACUCUGGCCAAGUAUGUCCACGAUAAGCUAUCUGUGAUGAAACACUAUAAUGGAGCUCCUCUAUGCAUCAUCUACUGCCACGAAAAUUUCACGGACCCCUCAAAGCAGGGGGGCAUUGUGAAUUUCAAUCUCCUGCGGCCCGACGGAAAGUUUGUAGGCUACAGCGAGGUUUCAAAUUUGGCGAGUGUCCACGACAUUCACCUGAGGACUGGCUGUUUCUGUAACACAGGAGCCUGCAUGAACUACCUUCACCUCGACACCUCCCUCAUUCUCAACCACUUGGAGGCUGGUCAUAUAUGUGGUGACAGCAUGGAUAUUAUCAAUGGAAAACCAACUGGUUCGGUCCGUGUAUCAUUCGGCUAUAUGUCGACUUUAAAAGACGCAAAAACGUUCGUCUCUUUCGUGGAGAGUAACUUCCAACACUCAACCGAAACCAGUUCCGACGACCUCAUCGAUAGACCUAGCACUAAUUUCAUUGGACGAAAGACUGAUGAUGUCAUCGUUAAGGAAUGCGGUGAUGUAGGAGAUGGAAGAGGAUUGGAAGUUGAGACAGUUGAAAAGAGGGGGAGAGAAGGAAGAUGGAUAAAAGUCGGAGAUAAAGUGGCAAUAGUUUCUUCUAACACCACCAUAGGUACUGCCUGUAAGACGUAUAAACUGGACAGUAUAAGGCUCUACCCAGUCAAGAGCUGCGGAUCACUCGAAGUUUCGGAGUGGCUAAUUGGUGGGUGUGGCUUGUUGUACGACCGAGAGUGGGUGGUCCUGUCGGAGCACCGGGCGUGUCUGAGCCAGAAACAGGAGCCUCGUCUCAGUCUCGUUCUCCCAUUCCUCACUCCCCAUUCCCAACAUCUGGAACUCCGGUUCCAAGGCAAGGCUAGUUUGAAGGUGUCCCUUGCAAGGGGCGGUACAGAGGAAGGCUCGAACCAGACGAGAAGACAGGGAAGAGAUUUUUCGCUGAGUUCUGGUGGAGCAGUGUGUCAGAUGAGAGUCUGUGGAGACAAAGUAACAGGGACAGAUUGUGGAGAAGCAGCUGCCAGUUGGCUCACAGAGGCCCUCUCCCGUGACUGUCGUCUUGUGAGGCAGACUCACCAGCGAACUGCAAAGACGCCAUCUUCAGCAAGUGGCAGUGGGGAAGCCCCUCUCCUGUCACUGGCUAACGAGGCACAGUAUCUGCUGGUGACCAGAGCAAGUGCGGAGUAUCUUCUGUCAGAGAUUUCCAAAAGACACACGAAACAGUUGCUGUCGCUGGAUGAUCUGGUGUCCCGGUUCCGUCCCAACCUGGUGGUCUCCGGGAAUGGAAUGGAGCCGUACGAAGAGGACGAAUGGAGCGAGGUCACCAUUGGAGGUCAAAGAUUCAAGGUGACGGGUCGCUGCAGCAGAUGCAGGACCAUCUGCGUGGACCAGACGACCGGCUCCCGGAGCAGCGAACCUCUCCAGACUCUCCUCCGGCUCCGGGGAUCCAGGGCCACAUUUGGGGUCUACCUUACCGCUCAGGCAUUUCCUCCAGAUUUUGAUGAUCAAUGUAUUUCAGUCCCGCAGACAUUGAGCACCACCACCUUGUGGUGAUGUCGCUCCUGCAUACUUUCAUUUUCGCGUCUGCUGCAUUCAUUUCACAAAAAACACUCACCUUCGCUUUUAUUUUGUGAGGAAUUGUUUGUGUAAUUUUCAUGUGUUUGCUUCUUAUU